UCAACUGAAGAGAACUCGCAUCAUGGCUUCUCAGGCGGCGCUGCUGUGCGUGUGUGCGGUGGUGGGCGUGGCUACAGCGGGCUUCCUCGGCUCCCCAGCCGUCUCCUACUCGGCGGCUCCCGCUGUCCACGCGGCCCCGGCGAUUCCAGGAGCGCUGGCGGCGGCCGGGGCUGACGCGGACUACGACCCGAACCCGCAGUACAGCUUCAGCUACAGCGUGAGCGACGCGCUGACUGGCGACGCCAAGCAGCAGCAGGAGAGCCGCAGCGGCGACGCCGUGCAGGGCAGCUACAGCGUCGUCGAGCCGGACGGCGCCGUCCGCACCGUGCAGUACUCGGCCGCGCCCGGCGCCGGCUUCAACGCCGUCGUCUCCCGCACCGGCGGCGCACCACCGCCUCCUGCACCCGCCAGGGUCGCCGCACCCGCGCCCCUGCCCGGUGGGUAUCACUCCGGUGUAGCCGAGUAG